AUGAACCCCCGCCCGCUCAAUCCCCGUGGGCUCACCCUACGCCCUCGACUGGAGGUGUUCGGCCGGGCCAAUGUCCUCUCAGUCCGAUGUCUUGCAUCAGCAUCAGCUCCUAUAGUUCCCAAGAAGAAGAGGAAAGCCGUAGGAACGAAAGAGCCGCGCGGUCCGAGUAGAAUUGAUAUUGUCAGCGAAGCAUUCUGCGAUGACCUUGCCAACCACAUAUCAAGACUCUUUGAAACCAACAAACCUUCCGUUAUUCUCGAUCUCUGCCCCGGUCGGAGUAUACUGUCGUCGAAAAUCAACGAUCUCAUCAAACCCGAGCGCCAUGUUGUCAUCGAACAUCGCAUGUCUCGCUAUCAACGCAAUAUUAAAAAAAGACUAGCCGAUAAGAAAGGCGUCGAAGUGCACGACGAAAAGUUGCAUUAUGAUACUGUUAAAGGAAUCAGUUGGAUGAAUGUCCUGAAUACAUAUAUGGCCGAUUCUACACCUCAACCUGGAAGAAACGAUCUGCUUAUCCUCGCAAACUUGACCGAUAAAGCUUUCAAAAACCCCUCGCGAGUAUGGGCAUCCCUUGUAGGACAUUCACUCAUAGACCGUGGACACUUCCGCGACUGGACGAUUCGCACAUUGAUGAUUCUACCCCCCGACGAAGCCCACUUGGUUGUUCCCCGUUCAGCCAAAGACCGGAGGAAAGUGGCCAUGUUGACUGAGGCCUACGCUCACCGAGCCCUUUACGUCGCCGAAACCGAUAAUUCCGAGUAUGUCGCAUCACGUGAAUGCGAGCUUGCCAGCGAAAGCGCCAAGUUGGUCGCUCAGCGGGCAGAAGAGAAUAACAUUACAAUACCCGAGGGACGCAGACAGCCUGCUAUCCAGUCAAUGUCAGAUGUCCCUGGGGGUCCUCGUGCACCGGGAUUUACUACGCAUACGCCGAUCUACGCAGGAUACCAAGCGCAGCAUUUCUGGCAAGCGCAACAGGAAUUCGAGCAAGCCGUUGACCUUAAACCUGGUACCAAUGAGUACCAAAAAGCCCGCAGCCAUGUUUGGAAUGUGCGCGCCCAGCUCAUGCACCAUGCCAGAUGCGUGGAUGUUUCGAUAGAGUUUGCGAAAGCGCAACUCCAGGUUGACUCAUUGGAAAAGGAAAUGGUCAAAGCAAAAUUGGAAAGCUCAAAGCCUAGUACGGCCGCAAAAGCAACGGAUCUAGCAACACUUGACGAGAUGAACACCAAGUUGAUCCAAGCCAGGGCUGAAAUGGCCCGAAAAUUGGACGAAACCCCAAUUCUUGCCAACAGAACCAUGCCAAAUUACAUUGACGACUAUCGAAUGGCACUGGGCGCAACAGGGCACAUCAAGGACUCGCACUUACUCUGGGACCACCGGCUCUUCGAGCCACUCUACAUACGACCGGACGAGGUAGAGCGCACAGAAAGCAGGUGUUCCAUCAUGUACGUUGAGCCGGAGCACAAGGAUAAACUGGCGGAAAGGUUUGCAGUGGAUAGAGCGCACGACAGGCCCGACGAGGCUGUAGAAAUUGCGCUCUCCGUUAUAGGCUCGUUUGGUAUUCGUGGUCGCGACCCGGUCUCUGAAAUGCUCGACAAGUUGUUCCCGGGACAGCCGAUCAAUGAGGUUGUGAAAUCUGUCCCCGAGCUUUUCGCUUAUAUACCCAAACAUCUCCUUUCGCCUCCUCUUGAGGAUAAGAACGAGGCGAACGGUGAUUCUAUUUACGACGACUUUGAAUAUUUCCCGCAACAAGUCCACCUCCGAUCUCUCCCGUUGUCUGUGCUUCUGAAGUUGUUAAAGGCAUAUCUUGCAACGACUAGCUCGAAGUCGUUCCUGCAAGUCAAUCGCAGUUUAGGUGGAUCCGCGACGAUGUAUGCACUUCGCUCUUGGGUGUUUGAUAUCCAAGACAAGAAAUGA